CGGACGUGAGGUGGAACCUAAAAGAAGUGUAAAUAAAUAGUUGGAAAGUAAUAUGACUGGUUUCGAAAGCAUGCACGGAAUUAUAAUAGCCAUGUCUGGAAGAACACUCCUAAGAACAGUAACGUUUAUGAUACUGGCCACAAUUUGCAGCUGUAGUGUGCUACAAGAAUUCUUCAAAGGAUUUUACCCCGCCACAGGACAACGCAGUUUAUCAGACGCUAUCACAAAUUACUUGGACUAUUUAUUCCCUAAGGAUGACCAGGAGUCCAGGAUUAUGAAGGAGAUAUUCGGCUUUUUCGCGGACGACACACAUCCCGGAUUUGAGGGCUCAUUAGAUGCGCUAGAUUAUUUAUUCAAAUGACAUAUGACUAUGUCCCAUAGUUCUUACCUUUUUAAUCUAAAUAGGGAAAG